CAGGCAACAGAAUGGAGACAAAAAUGAGGGUGAAUGUUUUUGCUACACUUAGCAUGGGAAUCACUUUGACACUUGUUCCCACUCACAAAAUGACACAGUAGUUCAUGUUGCAAGGACAAAUAAUCUUCAUUUGUUUUUUUGUUUUUUUACGAGGAUAUCUCGCGGCCCAUUUGGGCGCCGUGUUUCAACAGUGAUGUGAUGAAGGCCAAAUUAGAGGCCAGACAGCGGGGAGGGUGAGAGAAAGCAGGCGUGUCCCACACUCCAGGGAUUAGCUAUUUAAAGUUCACUCUCUCAACGCCGCAGGAGGGACAUUUCCACAGGACGCACCAGGACUGAAGCCUGCUUAAUCGAGGAGGAGGUGUAGUACUGGGGGGGUGUGGGACGGAUCAAGUCCUGGCUAAACGGUCUACUGAGUUUUACAAGAGCUUUUUAUCAUGGGUGUCAGCAUGUUGCAGUGUUUCCCCUUCUACAGACAAUGUAAGGAGAGAUGCAAGAGCAAACAGUGCCCCCCGACGUCAGCACCUGAAGAGGAGAUGAAGCCCCGCCUGGCCUCCACCACAUCCUGGGGCAGCGACAGCGAAGGAGGGGGCAGCCUCAGUCGGGGCUCCCAAGUGUACUUCUCCUCCAAAGCCAGACUGUCUUUUCGACACCAGCUGGACAGCAACGUCAAUGCGGUGGACGCCACCUACUGAGGAGCAAUGAUGGACUCCCAAAUAUUUGGAACACUCCGCAGGACGUCCAUGUGAAGAAUGUUAGCACCACCCCCAAAAUGGACCUUUUUCUCAAGAGACAAAAGACAUGGAGAUGAGUUUACAGUUGACUACCAAGUGCAUUAUUUUUCAUUUCAUUACACUUUGUGGACAAUGUAAGUGGAUGUUUGGGUCACAUGAUCUGCGAGAACAACAAAAGCCUUCUAUUUCUAAAUAGAAAAAGCUUGUUACAAUAUAUUUUGAUGCAAAUAGAGAUUUCUAUACAUUUCAGCUGAUGCUAAUCAUGUUUGUCACCUCAUUUUCAACCUCUUUCUAUGCUUGCAUUAAAUAGAUUUUUUUAACUUAAUUUGAAUGAAAAUAAGUGUGACCCUUGUGAUGAAAAAAACAAAUGUUUAUUGUUUGACUAAUUUACAGCAGAUAAAGUGACCGGACUAGUAGGUUUCUUGUGAUUUAACAAGACUUGGACUUGGAAUCUUGUGUACACAGAAUAGUGUACUGACAUCAGUAUUCCAUUUAAGACACAGCCUUAGUUU